GUCACCUACCAGGCUCUUUGUAUGCGGGGAAGUUUCGGGUAGAAACUUGUUCAGGCAGCGGCGCAUGCUGCGGGAAGGCGCCCGGCCCCGGUCCGGCCUCCCGCCCAGCCCGCGCGCCCUGGCACCCCGGCCCGCGCACCACCCGGCGCCCCAGUUCCCCCCAGACGCCGGCGGGCUCGGAAGCCUCGCGGACGUGACGCCGCGGGCGGAAGUGACGUUUUCCCGCGGUUGGACGCGGCGCUCGGUUGCCGGGCGGGGGAGGGCGCGUCCGGUUUUUCUCAGGGGACGUUCAAAUUAUUUUUGUAACGGGAGUCGAGCGCGGACGGGGCGUGCCCGACGUGCGCGCGCGUCGUCCUCCCCGGCGCCCCUCCGCCGCUCGCUGGUUCCUGCCGCGGGAAGGCGUCAUGCCGCCCAAAACCCCCCGAAGAGCGGCCGCUGCAGCCGCCGCAGCUGCCGCCGACCCCCCGGCGCCGCAGCCGCCCCCUCCCGAGGAGGACCCGGACCAGGACAGUGGCCCCGAGGACCUGCCUCUGGCUAGGCUUGAGUUUGAAGAUACUGAAGAACCUGAUUUUACUGCAUUAUGUCAGAAAUUAAAAAUAACAGAUCAUGUCAGAGAAAGAGCUUGGUUAACUUGGGAGAAAGUUUCUUCUGUGGAUGGAGUAUUGGAAGGUUAUAUUCAAAAGAAAAAAGAACUGUGGGGCAUCUGUAUCUUUAUUGCAGCAGUUGACCUAGAUGAGAUGCCAUUCACUUUUACUGAGCUGCAGAAAAACAUAGAAACCAGUGUCUAUAAAUUCUUUGAUUUACUAAAAGAAAUUGAUACAAGUACUAAAGUUGAUAAUGCUAUGUCAAGACUAUUGAAGAAGUAUGAUGUAUUGUGUGCACUGUACAGCAAAUUAGAAAGGACAUGUGAACUUAUAUAUCUGGCACAACCCAGUAAUUCGGUAUCUACUGAAAUAAAUUCUAUGUUGGUGCUAAAAAUUUCUUGGAUCACAUUUUUAUUAGCUAAAGGGGAAGUAUUACAAAUGGAAGAUGAUCUGGUGAUCUCAUUUCAGUUAAUGCUAUGUGUCCUUGACUAUUUUAUCAAACUUUCACCUCCUGCAUUGCUCAAAGAACCAUAUAAAACAGCUGUAAUACCCAUUAAUGGUUCACCUCGAACACCAAGGAGAGGUCAGAACAGGAGUGCACGGAUAGCAAAACAACUAGAAAAUGACACAAGAAUUAUUGAAGUUCUCUGUAAAGAACAUGAAUGUAAUAUAGAUGAGGUGAAAAAUGUUUAUUUCAAAAAUUUUAUACCUUUUAUGAAUUCUCUUGGAAUUGCAUCUUCUAAUGGACUUCCAGAGGUUGAAAGUCUCUCUAAACGAUAUGAAGAAAUUUAUCUCAAAAGCAAAGAUCUAGAUGCAAGAUUAUUUUUGGAUCAUGAUAAAACUCUUCAGACUGAUCCUAUAGACAGUUUUGAAACACAGAGAACACCACGAAAAAAUAAUGCUGCUGAAGAGGUGAAUGUGAUUUCACCACACACCCCAGUUAGGACUGUUAUGAAUACUAUCCAACAAUUAAUGAUGAUUUUAAAUUCGUCAAGUGAUCAACCAUCAGAAAAUCUGAUUUCCUAUUUUAAUAACUGCACAGUGAAUCCAAAAGAAAGUAUCCUGAAAAGAGUGAAAGAUAUUGGAUAUAUUUUUAAAGAGAAAUUCGCAAAAGCCGUGGGACAGGGAUGUGUUGAAAUUGGAUCACAGCGAUAUAAACUUGGAGUCCGAUUGUAUUACCGAGUAAUGGAAUCUAUGCUUAAAUCAGAAGAAGAACGAUUAUCCAUUCAAAAUUUUAGCAAACUGCUGAAUGACAACAUCUUUCAUAUGUCUUUACUGGCGUGUGCUCUUGAGGUUGUAAUGGCUACAUAUAGCAGAAGUACAUCUCAGAAUCUUGAUUCUGGAACAGAUUUGUCCUUCCCAUGGAUUCUGAAUGUACUUAAUUUAAAAGCCUUUGAUUUUUACAAAGUGAUUGAAAGUUUUAUCAAAGCAGAAGCCAACUUGACAAGAGAAAUGAUAAAACAUUUAGAACGAUGUGAACAUCGAAUCAUGGAAUCCCUUGCAUGGCUCUCAGAUUCACCUUUAUUUGAUCUUAUUAAACAGUCAAAGGAUCGAGAAGGAUCAGCUGAUCACUUUGAAUCUACUUGUCCUCUUAAUCUUCCUCUCCAAAAUAAUCAUACUGCAGCAGAUAUGUAUCUUUCUCCUGUAAGAUCCCCAAAGAAAAAAGGUUCAACUACACGUGUAAAUUCUACUACAAAUGCAGAGACACAAGCAACCUCAGCCUUCCAGACCCAGAAGCCAUUGAAAUCUACCUCCCUUUCACUCUUUUAUAAAAAAGUGUAUAGGCUAGCAUAUCUCCGACUAAAUACCCUGUGUGCACGCCUUUUGUCUGAACACCCAGAACUAGAGCACAUCAUCUGGACCCUUUUCCAGCACACACUGCAAAAUGAGUAUGAACUCAUGAGAGACAGGCAUUUGGACCAGAUUAUGAUGUGUUCCAUGUAUGGCAUAUGCAAAGUGAAGAAUAUAGAUCUUAAAUUCAAAAUCAUUGUAACAGCAUAUAAGGAUCUUCCUCAUGCUGCUCAGGAGACAUUCAAACGUGUUUUGAUCAGAGAAGAAGAAUAUGAUUCCAUUAUAGUAUUCUAUAACUCAGUCUUCAUGCAGAGGCUGAAAACAAAUAUUUUGCAGUAUGCUUCUACCAGGCCCCCUACAUUGUCACCAAUUCCUCACAUUCCUCGAAGCCCUUACAAAUUUUCUAGUUCACCAUUACGGAUUCCUGGCGGGAACAUCUAUAUAUCACCUCUGAAGAGUCCAUAUAAAAUUUCAGAAGGUCUGCCAACACCAACAAAAAUGACUCCAAGAUCAAGAAUCUUAGUAUCAAUUGGUGAAUCAUUUGGGACUUCUGAGAAAUUCCAGAAAAUAAAUCAGAUGGUAUGUAACAGCGACCGUGUGCUCAAAAGAAGUGCUGAAGGAAGCAACCCUCCUAAACCACUGAAAAAACUACGCUUUGAUAUUGAAGGAACAGACGAAGCAGAUGGAAGUAAACAUCUCCCAGGGGAAUCCAAAUUUCAACAGAAACUGGCAGAAAUGAUGCUAUUAAUGGUUUUUCAUCCUUUUUCCAGCAUCUACUCGAACACGAAUGCAAAAGCAGAAAAUGAAUGAUAGCAUGGAUACCUCAAACAAGGAAGAAAAUUGAGGCUCUCAGGACCAGAGUGGGCACCGUGUACAACUCUAUCGUCAAUGUCUUUCCCAGAUGUGACUGUAUAACUCUCCCAGGUUCUGUUUACAGCCACGUUUAGUAUCUUCAGCUCUUUUUGUAGAUAUAAAAUGUGCAGAUGCAAUUGUGCAGGUGAUUUUUAAACAACUUGCAGUGUUGUAGACAUCAUUAUUAUACAAGAUUGAAAAUCUUGUGUAAAUCCUGCCGUUUAAAACAGUAUAGCAAAUUGUUUCCAUUUCUGAAGUAAAAUUGCUGUGCUUUAUGAAUAGUGAGGCUCCCCUGGAGUGGGAGUCCUAACACCCAUGCCUGACUGACUACUUUGCCUUCUUUUGUAGGGUGUAUCUGAUGUUUGCUCUUGUUUUUAUUAAUUUAUAUGUAUAUUUUUUUAAUUUAACAUGGAUACCCUUAGAAAUUGUGUACUAUCUUCCAAAUACAAUUUGACUUACUGCCUAUUUACCCAAAUUAUCCUGAGCUCUUCAGCUAAAACAACUAUUACUAGAAACUAGAGAAAAAUUAAUAAUUUUUACACAUUAGAUUUUACUAUUGGAAUCUGAUGUACUGUGUGCUUGUUUUAUAAACUUUCACUUUUAAAUACAAGCAGGAAGCAAAGUACAGACAUGAUGCUGUCAUACUACUGACACAGAUUUCAUACCUCUUCAUCCAACUCAUGCUUUGAAAUGAGGAUUAUUGAUAGUACUCUUGGUUUUUAUACCAUUCAGAUCACUGAAUUUAUAAAGUAUCCAUCUGGUACUUGAAAAAGUAAAGUGUUUGGCCAGAUACUAGCUCUAGAGGACCCCAAUACAGUUUAUCCCAAGUGCACUUUCUAAUGUUUCUGGGUCCUUAUGAAUCAAGAUACAAAUUAAUUAUUCUCCAUAAACAGACUGUUAACUAUAGGAGCCUUAAUUUUAUUUUUCUUAGACAUUUGUCUGAUUGCAUCUCAACAAUUAUUCUGCCCUCCUAAAUUUGGGAAGGUUUGUUUCCUCUAGAAGGUACAUGUCUUCCUUGUAUCUUUUGAACUGGCAGGUAUCUAUUUAUCUUUUUUUUUUUUAAGUCAGUAUGGUCUAACACUGGCACAUUCAAAGCCACAUCAUUUCUAAUCCAAAACUGCAAGUAAUCAAAGGUCUUUGUGGAUUAGGGUUUCAUGUUUUCUAUCUGAUUUCAUGCAUAAGUUUCAAACAAAAAUAACUGCAUUAGAAAAAGAGGCGCUUCCCCCUCCCUUACACCUAAAGGUGUAUUUAAACUAUCUUGUGUGAUUAACUUAUUUAGAGAUGGUAUAAUUUAAAAUAGAUGGUAUUUAAGGUAGCAUCAGCUAGCUUUUAGGAAAAUCACUUUGUCUAAACUCAGAAUUCUUUUUAAAAAGAAAUCUGGUCUUAUUUGUUAGGAAACAAAACUUUAUUUUGUGCUCAAUUAAGUUUCAAACUCACUCUUUUGACAGUAAUCUUAAUAACAAUGGCACUAGAAAGCUUUACUUCAUUUUCACAUUAACUUCUGCAUGAAUGUCAUACAAAUCAGUUAGUUUUUAGGUCAAGGGCGUACCAUAUUUCUGGGUCUUUUGCUAAUAUGUUCAUGUUAGAAUUAGGGUCAGAAUUUUAGGAACUUCAGAGAUCGUGUAUUGAGGUUUCUUAAAUAAGGCUUCAGAUAUUGCUUUACUGCUUUUUUGUAUUGGUUAAAACUGUACAUUUAAAAUUGCUAUGUUACUAUUUUCUACAAUUAAUAGUUUGUCUAUUUUAAAAUAAAUUAGUUGUUAAGAGUC